AUAAUCAUAAUUAUGAUUUUGAUUUUUCCUGAAACACUAACUCUAAUCGUUAUGGCGUAUCUUUCGCUUUUCUUGCUUGCUCUAUCAAUAAUUUUCUUGACAAUUUCUCUGUCAGGAUUUUCACUUGUUCAAGCAGAAAAAAUUAGUUUCACUAGUGAACUCAUACACAGGGAUUCGCCAAAUUCUCCAUUCUUCAAUGCUUCAGAAACUUACGCGACUCGCUUGGCAAAAGCCGUACAACGUUCUGCUGAUAGAGCAAGUCAGCUCAGCAGUUUACUUUCCAACUCAAUUACUGCAGCAGAAUUUUCAGCAGCCAUAGUUAAUGGUGAUUUUCUGAUGAGAAUAUCGAUCGGUAGGCCUCCAACUGAGCUACUAGUCAAUGUAGCUACAGGUAGUGAUCUUGUAUGGAUACCUUGUCUAUCCCUCAGAUCGUGUACUCAAAACUGCAACCUUCGAUUCUUUGAUUCGACAAAAUCCUCCACUUAUGAGAACGUUCCAUGUGAUUCCUAUCGAUGCCGGAUCACAACCGGAACUGCCUGCCAAAUUUCUAAUUGUGUUUUGUCAUGUAACUCUAGGUAUCCGGAAUCCUGUCCUGACGGAAACGUCGCGAUGGACACUUUAACCUUAAAUUCCACAACAGGUCAAGCCUUUAUGUUUCCAAACACGGGUUUCGUGUGUGGAAAUCUCAUCGCCGGAGACUAUCCUGGAAUCGGCAUGCUAGGUCUCGGACGUGGCUCGCUUUCUUUACUUAGCAGAAUCAAUCAUCUAAUUGAUGGAAAGUUUGCUCAUUGUAUAGUUCCAUAUUCAUCAGAACAGACGAGUAAAAUAAGGUUUGGUGAGAAAGCUGCAGUUUCAGGAAACGGCAUGUUUUCGACGCCGUUGAUUACAAACAGAGGCUUACAGAGUUACAACCUGAAUAUUUACGGAAUGAGUGUCGGAAAUGAAAGUGUUGUAACGGGCGGUUACGGAAGUUACGAUUAUCUGAAUGGACUUGGAAUUGAUUCAGGAACAAUGUUCACUUCUUUUCCAAAUUUUAUCUAUAGUGAAAUAGAAUCAAGAGUCCGCUAUGCGAUGCAGCAAGAACCGCUAAAUCAGGAUCCGACUCGAAGACUAAGACUCUGCUAUAGAUAUACUCCUGAAUUCAAUCCUCCGAUUAUCAGAAUGUUUUUACAAGGCGGAAUUGUGGAAUUAAGUGGUUAUAAUUCAUUUAUCAGAAUGGGUGAAGACACAAUUUGUCUAGCUUUUGCCAUUUCGGAUUCCGAUCAUGAUGCUGUUCUUGGAUACUGGCAAAUGACAAAUUUCCUGAUAGGGUAUGAUCUUGAUGAAAGUUAUUUAUCUUUCAAGAAGACAGAUUGCACCAAAUACUAAAUUGUUGGUCAUUUACUAUAUUAUGUACAAUGUUUUGCUUAUUGAAGAACAA